CGCUGGGGCGGGCGGAGCCGGGGGCGGUGCGGGGCGGCCCGGCACGGCUCUGCGCGGCUCCUCUCGGCACGGAACCGCCCGCCCCGCGCUACGGACUCAUGGAGCCGCACGGCCCCGGCAGCGUCCUGUUCGGCUGCGAGCUGACUGCCAGCACCAAGUCCUACACGUUUCAGGUGGAUGAAGAUGAUGACUCUGACCAUGUUUUGGCCCUGUCUGUGGUGUGCCUCAUGGAUGGCGCCAAGGAUGAGUGCAACGUGGUGGAGGUUGUUGGGCGAAACCACAAGAACCAGGAGAUCACUGUGCCGGUGGCAAACCUGAAGUUGUCGUGUCAGCCCUUGCUGAGCCUGGACAACUUCAAGCUGCAGCCUCCAGUGACGUUCCGCCUGGCAGCAGGCUCUGGGCCCGUGCAUCUCACCGGCUGGCACCAGAUCUUGCACAGGGAUGAUGCUUCCUUCGAGGGGGAGGAUGAGGAUGAUGACAUGUCUGAGGAGGACAUAGCGCCCAUCAUGCCUGCCAAGAAGGAGAGAAGGAAGCAGUGACUUGUAUCCCAGCAAGGUGAGGUGCUGGGCAGCUCUGCGAUGGUGCUCGCUGGAACUUCUUACAGACAGCUGUUACCUCAGACACCUCUCACCAGGACCUCAACUUUUGCUGCAUUUUUUUAAUUUACUGUCGUACCUUUUAGGGGUGGUGGGCAGGGGCUGCUCCCAGCACUGGGGGGGGGGGGUCUCCUUUCCCACAUCCAUGGGAGGUGAUCAUGUCCCCCAGUCCCUUUCUGGGUGUCUGGGAUGGCGGUCCUCACCCUGUGCCUUUUUGCUGCCCUGGAUCUCUGCAGUGUGUGCAGCCCUGCUGGCUCUGCGGUGCCCAGUGUGUCCCUUCCCCAGUAGCAGCUGGAUGUAGAGGCAGCAGCAGGAGGCAGCAUCCUCCCUUCCAGGAUGGUGUGCUGGGAGCUGAUGUCUGCUGUGAUUUGGAGGAGGUUCUGGGUCACUCUGCUUUGUAGGACGGUUUUUACACACUGAAAUAAAGGUGCGGGUU